AACCGUCUUUAGCAGUUACAACGGGAAGAACAGCCCCCAGAUGGCGAACUGUGUAGAUCACACGCAGAAACCUAGUUUGGUCUCGUCGAUCAUUUAGUCUCCUCGGUCUUUUAAUUAACCGGCCGUAUAAUAAUCGACACUGCGUUACAGGAAUUGCUAUCUGAACAAUGCUGCUGUCCUUGGCAAUGCUGAUGCUGUCCGCCACCCAGAUCUACACCAUCUUCACGGUGCAGCUCCUCGCUCUCCUCCAUCUGCUGCCUGUGGAGGCCGACAUCUCAGUGUAUUCCUUUGACAACAAAACCGAGAACUUUGAUGAUUUGCCAGCUAGAUUUGGUUACAGGCUGCCCAGUGAAGGGCUUAAGGGCUUCCUGAUUGGUGCGCGGCCCGAGAACGCCUGCGAGCCCAUCGAGCCCCCACCAAUGAGGAGCAACUCGAGUGGCGCCUUCGUCGUGCUCAUCAAGCGCUUCGACUGCAACUUCGACGUCAAGGUUCUCCACGCGCAGAAGGCCGGGUACAAGGCCGCCAUUGUUCACAAUGUGGACUCGGAUGACUUAAUUAGCAUGGGAUCCAAUGACUUGGAUAUUUUCAAGCAGAUAGACAUUCCGUCGGUUUUUGUUGGCGAGGAGACAGCCAAUUCCCUGAAGGAAGAUUACACAUACGACAAAGGUGGCCACAUUAUCCUCAUGCCCGAAUUCACCCUGCCUUUGGAGUACUACCUGAUCCCCUUCCUCAUCAUAGUGGGAAUCUGCCUCAUCCUCAUCGUUAUCUUCAUGAUCACCAAGUUCCUUCAGGACAGACACAGGGCAAGACGAAGUCGCCUCCGUAAAGAUCAGCUAAAAAAAAUCCCCAUUCAUAAAUACAAGAAAGGGGAUGUAUAUGAUGUUUGUGCCAUUUGUCUAGAUGAGUACGAGGAAGGAGACAAGCUACGCAUCUUGCCCUGUUCUCACGCUUACCACUGUAAGUGUGUGGACCCUUGGCUGACCAAGACGAAAAAGACGUGUCCAGUAUGCAAGCAGAAGGUGGUGCCGUCCCAGGGAGACUCGGAGUCCGACUCGGACGAGGGCGACAGCAGUCGUGACGACAAUGACGAGGCGUCCGAGAACACGCCCCUGCUACGGUCGUUGGCCUCCACCAGCACCCAAUCCUUUGGCACCAUGUCGGCCUCGCUCUCCUACCACGAGCGGGACCUGGAGUCGUCCGAGUAUGAAGAGGAUGACGAUGACGAGAUGGACAGUAGCGGCAGUGAGGAGGUCACUGUGGAAACCGUGGUGGUUCAGCUGCAACAGUCUCGGCACGGGCCGGGGGAACCCACUGUCUGACCCCGAAGAAAAUCUGCCAUCGACUUUAGUGAUGUCAAGUAGGAUUCCGAUAUCCAUACUACAAUCAGUAUUUUGUUUGCCAGUUUUGUUUGUAAAUCACUAUUUGUGCACAUCACAGCCUGGUCGCUGGACACGACAACAAACGGAGGAUCCAGUGUAGUAGUGACAAUUUCUUUCCCAGGAAUUUCUGUAAUUUGAAGUAUAUGGUUACCAAAGAUGGUCAUUUCUGUAGGAUGCUAAAAAGAGUUGCAUUGCACAUAACAGAAGAAUAUACUUCAGCUGUGUUGUACGAACUGUUUUUUAUAUGCUGUAAAUUUGAUGAGCUUUUAUCUUCACUGUGAAAGGAAAGUCACGUAACACUGUGUGCUUUUAAAAGCAUAGACCUUUCCUAACACUUGUCAUGAAUCAUGAAGGAUCACAAUGUGUACAUAUAAUGUAUAGAAUUAUACAAGAGACGGAAUUACAAAGCAACUUUUUCAAAGCGACGAUAAACUUUGUAGUCUGUAAGCGUGAAAGCCUCUGUAUCAGAAGGUAGGGAUGUUUUAGAGAAACGUAAAAAAAAAAAAGAUUAACUCAAUGAAUAAAAUCUUAAUGUACUAUGCAGUGUUAUUUUGUAAACUUCAAUGUAAUUUCUAAUGUAAAGCAGUUUUAAAAGUUGGCAUUAUGAAGACGCUUAUGUAAAUUUCUGUGCUGUACGACGUGAGAACAGAUAGCCAUUAAUAGAUCAAUAUUGUACUUUGACGCUGGUAAAUGCUGUGGACCACUCGUGUAAGUCCAGCCAGUCAAGACGCGCUGUGUUUCCAUUAGAGCAUACUUCCUUUCUGAAGAGAAAUGGAGAGACGUCAUGAAGUUCAAACACACCACUUUUUAAGUUAUUUUUAUUAGUGGGUCACCCUCUCGCCUCAAGAUGUCACCGUUAGCAGGAAUGUGCAUUUGACACAUCUCCGCUUUAUAUGUAGUUUGCCAACAAACUGGAAUAUUCUAGUUGACUUUUAUAUAAAGAUUAUGCAUGUGCAAUGUAUUUGUGCGCUUAACUCCAUAUGUAUUAAAGUCACACUUUCACUUGAAA